CACCCAGCGGCAGAGAUCGACACCAGCAGCAGACCCCAAACUGAUGACGUGGUUCGGUUCGCCGACCAGACCAGCAGGAUGGCCGAUCAGAGCAGGCAAAUCAAACUCGCUGCAGCUAAGAAAAAGCUGAAGGAGUUUCAGCAGAAGAGCUCUCCGACUAGUGUAGGAGGAGAAAAGGGGGGAGGAGGAGGAGGAGCAGGGGCCAAGAAGAAGAGGAAGGUGAAGGGAGGUAGCCAACCCGAUGCCUCAACAGACAGAAACUCUCCAGACAAUUUUGACAGUAUUCUGAAAGCACUUAGUCAAAGCAAUGGACUAGUUCUUCCUCCCUAUGGCAACAGUCAGAACUAUGCUGACAUGGAGGCCAUGGGGUCUUCAGUUCCCCAGUUGUUGGAGGACCAAAAGGGCGAGCACGGUCAUGGCUCACCUGUGUCUAACCCCUCUAGCACUAUUGCUACUACUAACCCUGAGUCUGUCAGUCACAACACUGACCCGCAGGAUUACCCUGGUACCAAUGGCAAUGAGGAUUUGACAGAGGAAAAUAGACCGCUGUCUUCCACAGAGAGCCUGCGGCAGCUCUCGCAACAGCUGAACGGCCUGGUCUCUGAGUCAUCCACUGUUUAUGUGAAUGGGGACAGUGUGCCUUCUAUCAGUGACAAAGAACUGGAGAGCCGGAACCAGGAGCUGGCAGCCGCCCUGGAGUCCAGCAACCUAACAAAUUCUCAGCUCAAUACCAAGCUAGACCAGCUGACACAGCAAUCUCAGGAGCUCACGGAUCAGCUACAAAAGGAACGCAAAGAAUUUGAGCAAAAGUUUGUAAAGGAACAAGGAGCCAUGCGGGAACAACUGCAGGUUCACAUCCAGACCAUCGGUAUACUGGUAUCGGAGAAAUCAGAGCUGCAGACAGCACUACAAUACACACAACAGGCUGCACGUCAGAAAACAGGAGAGGCAGAGGAACUGAGUAACCGUCUACAGAGCACCAAACAGAGAGUGUCAGAGCUGGAGAGAACCCUUUCCUCUGUUUCCACACAGCAGAAACAGUUUGAAAAGCACAACAAAGAGCUUGAAAAAGAGAGAGACAACCUGAGGCUAGAGGUGUACAGACUGAACAGUGUGAGUGAUGAAUCAAAGCAGCAGAGCUCAGAAUUAUCAGAGCAGCUGAGGCUUAACGUGCAGGAGAAUGCAGCGCUGAAGCUGGAGCUGGACGACCUCCGCAAGAGGCUGGAGAUGGCUGACCUCAUGCUGCAACAGUGCUCCAGCCAGUCAGGACCUCCCAGUGCCAACCAGCAGGUCCAGCUACUACUUGAAGAGAAGCAGCAGCUGGAGGCACACAAUCACCAGAUGAUGGAGUCCAUCGCCCAGCUGCAGACGGAGAGGGACUGCUACGCUGAGCAGAUCCAUGAGGAGGGACGCAUGUGGAAGGACAAAACAGAACAGCUGCUAACACAGGUGUCAUUGGUUGCAGAGGAGAGGGACAGGAACAUCAGCCGAGUUCAAGAGCUCGAGGCCAGCAUAACAGAACUGAAAAACACUGCAGAGACAUUGUCCCUGGAGAGAGAGGCUCAGGGCCCUGUGGAGCCUCAGCCGUCUGGGCCGUCAGAGAGUGAGGUCGCCCUGCAGGAGGCCGUCAACACCCUGCAACAGGAGAGAGACACUCUAACUGCACAGUACCAGGCACAGCUGCGUGACAACGAGCAGCUGAGCCGCCUGUGUGCAGAGCAGGAGACCCGCCUCGGGGAGCUGGAGCGGCAGGUGGAGAGUCAGGCCCAGGAGACUGAAGACCGCAGGCGCAUGCUGGAAGAUGUUCAGUCAGACAAGGCGACUAUCAGCCGUGCGCUCACCCAGAACCGCACACUCAAGGAUCAGCUGGCCGAGCUGCAGAACGGCUUCGUCAAACUUACUAAUGAGAACAUGGAGCUGACCAUCGCUAUUCAGUCAGAGCAGCAUGUGAAGAAGGAGCUGGCUCGCAAAAUGGGACAGCUCCAAGAGGACCUUCACAACGUCAAGGAGCAACUGGACCUGAAAUGUCAGGAAACUCAGGGUCUGACAGAGCAGAGGGACCAGAUCGUGGCCCACCUGCAGCAGUACUGCGCUGGCUACCAGACCCUGGCUUCAGAGCGGGAACAGCUGCACCACCAGUACCUGCAGCAGAGCCAGCUCAUGGACCGGCUACAGCACGAUGAAAGCCAGGGCCGUGUGCAACUGGAGAUCAGCCACCAACAGCUGACACAAACGCAGGAGCGAUUGGAGCAGCUGGUCAGAGACAAUGAGCAGCUGAAGGCUGAAGUUCAUGAGCUUCUCAACAGCUCUGCCCUGGCCUCAUCAUCCAGAGACCAAGGAGACGGAGUUGAGAGCCAGUCUCUGCAGGAAAGCCCAAAGAAGUCCUCCUCCAUAGUAAUCCCAGACGAUUUUGAGAGCCAAACAGAGAUGGAGGAGUUUAUCCGUGGGGCACUGGCCCAGUUGGAGGCCGAGAGGGAUGAAGCCAGGAGGCAACUGCAGGAGGAGCACCGGCUGCACAUGGCUGCCCGGCAGCAGGCUGCUGUAGCCCUCGAGCACCAGCACCACAGCCACAAUCAGGACACUGGUCAUGACCAUUUUCAUGAGCAUGGUCACUCUCACGGCCAGCACAGUCACUGUGAACACAGUCAUGAACACCCAGAAGGAGGAGUGCCAGUGGAAGUGCACGAGGCACUGCAAGCUGCCAUGGAGAAGCUGCAGCAGCGCUUCACCUCCCUCAUGCAGGAGAAGGCCGACCUGAAGGAGAGGGUGGAGGAGCUGGAGCACCGCUGCAUCCAGCUCUCUGGAGAGACUGACACUAUAGGAGAGUACAUAGCCCUGUACCAGAGCCAGCGGGCCAUCAUGAAGCAGAAGCACCAGGAGAAGGAGCAGUACAUCAGCAUGCUGGCCCAGGACAAGGAGGAAAUGAAGGCUAAGCUGGCGGAGCUGCAGGAUCUGGUGAUGAGGCUGGUGGCAGAGAGGAAUGAGUGGUACAGCCGUUACACCGGGGCUGUAGCCAACCCCAGCACAGUGAACCCCGACCUGCUGCCUGUCGGGGAGGAUCACACUCACCAAGAGCACGCAGCACACACACACAUGGAGCUUAACGCUGUCAGUGGAGCAGAUUCAAUGGAGGUCAUUCCUCUGUCAGAGCCCACCACCCCAGGCCUGGACGCCCCCUUCUCCCAGACCCUGUCGACAGGGCCAGCCCAGGCUGAAUCCCAGCCUUUGGGACCCAAGGAGGACGGCACGGCCAGGCAGAUCAUGCAGCUGCUACAGGAGAUCCAAAACCCUCAGGGGGCUCUCCGCUCACCCCCAUUCCUGGGCGAGAACCCCUGCAUCCCCUUCUUCUACCGGCCUGACGAGCAGGACGAAGUCAAGAUUCUUGUGGUGUGAGGGAUAUGUGUUUUAGUGGUAUGACACAGGGAGAUGUGCGUGUGUGUGUGUGUGUGUGUGUGUGUGUGUGUGUGUGUCUUUAUGAGAUCUUGGACAAGUCUUGAGGUCUUGGAUGAUUAAUAAACACCACAGUUUAUCCUGUUAAUCUUAUGAAUCAUAUUCACAAAUGCAUCUCUAGAAUAUUGAUCCCCCCACCCCCAAAAUUGCGCAUAAAUAGUUUAAUGUCCUAGACCAAAUUGUAUGAAAUUGGCCCCUUUUCGUCGUGUGUGUCUGUGGGUGUGACUGUAUGCAGGAGAGAAAGAGAGAGUUUUCUGAUUAUCUUUGUUGCUUUCUUUCGUUUUGUGAUGGAAACUAAACUGUUUCAGUCUAAAGAUGCUAUCUAUAACGUUCUUUCCGCAGAGGAGAUAAUCAGUAUUCCUACACGCAAUCCGAUUGUUCUCCUCACCUUUAUUUCUAAUUCCCCUGCUUCCUAUCCCUCUCUCUUGUCUCACAUAAGUGCAAUAAAGGGGAUUUAUUUCCUGUCCCCUCACUUACUAAACUUUAAGAGCUGUCAGAGAGUUAGCAGCAUGUCUGUGUGUCUGACCGGGCUCACGUUGUACUUUGUUUUGAUGCAAAUCUCUCAGUUUUACACAAUUUGCUGUCCACAUGCCAAAAAGAGCAUCCAGUUUGAAUGUAUAAAACCUAUUAUUUAUCUCUUUGUGUGAUGAGAAAACUGAGGAAGGUGGAAAGUGAGAAGUGCAGAGGGAGAAGGACAAGAGGCCAAGUGUUGGUGUGGAUUAAGAGAUCCAGAGCGAGAUGUAAGUUGCAAUAUCAGAAAAGGACGCUGUCGCUUUUACAGGUGCUGUUUCUAAGUCAAGACCUCGCUAGCUAUAUAUAGAUCAGGAUCAGGAAGACUGAAGCAUGUGGGCAGGUGGGUACUGUCCCUCAAACUACCUUUUCCAUACAUGGUCUGUUUUUUUUUCCCACUGAAAAUAAGUUGUGUGUACAAUGCAAAAAUGUUAAUUUAUGUGCAGGGUUUGAUGUGUAGUCAUUAAGUAUCCUGUAAUUGUCUUGGGAGAGCCGUCACUACAGAAACUAAGAGGUUUUUUUUUUCCGGAGUGAUUGAGGGGAUAGAUGCAAUUUAAAGACCCUGUGAAAUGAAAAAUGAUUUUUUUAAGUUAUGAGAUAAUAUAGAGGCCAAAAGUCCCUGAUUGUUAUAUACAUGGGGGAUUGAUUUAUCCAAAAAGAUCAUCCUGUUCAUUCUUGCUCAAAUGCUUGUCCUGUGAAGGAUAUCUUCUUGAUUUUGAGCUCUAAGAGUUCGGGGUGCUGUCCUGGGUGCUCCUUUCCAGAAUUUUGUAGAUACACAGAUCUCAGCAACUGGUGACUACAAAAAAAAAAAAGGUACAAUAAUUUGGUGUUUUAAAUCUUUUGCCAUCAUAACUCAUUGUCUUGUCACAAACUCUGCACCCUGCUGGUCACCUCAUAUAACUCAUAACAAAUAUGUUUCAUUAAUUGGAGCCACAGUUCAUAAACCGAGCUCUGAUUUCUGUUUCAUGGGGUCUUUAAGCUUCUAAAUGAACGGGCACUAAGGGCCAGUUUUUCUGUUACGUUGUGCUAGAAGUUCUACAUAUCAACAUGAUAAAUUAAUGCACAUCCUAUACAACUGGACUUUGUGUGUGUGUCUGUGCGUGGAUGUGUGUGCGUUUGGAAUCCAGAUUGUUUCCUCUUCAACCGAAGUUGAAUCUGUUGUGCUUUUCUUUACCUUUUGGAUUCCCUCAAAUUAUAUGAUUGCACUAAAACUGUACACAGCUUCUCAUUAAACUGUCCCAUCAAGCUGGUUGGACAGUGGCUUUUCUACCAUGGAGCCUCUUUAGCUGUUGAGAUCUUUUUUUUUUUUUUUUUUUUUUGUAUGAGGAGAAGGGGAAUCCUAUGAAGCCACUGGAAGCUGAGGGUUCCAUGUGAAGCGAGUUUGAUAAGUGGAUUUAAUUGAAAGUGUGUUGUUGGUGCGUGUGUGUGCGAAGUGUACACCUGGAGGAUGUGUAAGUUGUGUAAAUAUGAGAAGAAAGUGAAACUGAAGAGACCACUCAGGAUAAGAAUUCAUGUUUUUUUUGUUUUUUUGUUUUUUUUUUUUCUCCAAUGGUCUAGGAGUGGGCCAAUCAUGAUUUAUGAAAAUGAACAUCUCUCCCCCCAAAAACAGGAAGAAAUGACUCAAGACUUUUGUUGUUAGAUACGAAGCUCAAAAUGUCUCUAUAGAGGAUGAAUGAAAAAUGACAAGAAGAGAACAAAGAGGAAAAAGGCCACAUUUUUUGCCUCAAAGCUCAAAAUAUCGGAAUAAAUGGCAUUUGGAUGUGAAAAUUGACAUAAGGUUGGCCCUUUAAUUUUGGUGGCUAUGGACCUGGUCCAGACUUAAUAUCUGAGGACAGCACAGAGAGUUGCUCAUGUUCACAAAUGCUGGUUGGAAUGUCUUUAUGUCAUCAAAUACAUGAUUUCUUAAACUGAGAGGCCUUCACUUUAUUGCUAAUAAUAAGCCACAAGUAGGCCUAUCAGAGUUCGGUUUUGCCAUUUUGACAUCUUAGCAGGCCUCUGUUUUUUGAGAGCCAUGAUGCGGCGUGCUAACAUACCAUUAAAUAAGGUUGUUAGUGCCGAGGCACAUAAAAGAUGCCGCUGAAAAGAGUUUACCCCCCGUAUUUGGUUGAAUUUUGAGAACUGAGUGUAUAUUGAGGUCACAACCACAUCGCCAGGGGAAGAGAAACUGUAGUGCUAAUUCUCAUUUUGAAAUGAAACGAAACAAAAUCUGACUGAAUUUGCUGAAGGUAUACAUAAAUGUGUGGAAGUGUAUGCACUUGGUGUGUGUGUGUGUGUGUGUUUACAGGGCAAAGCAAAGCAGCGCCAAGUCCACAGCAGAGAUGGUUUCUGAAUACAAAUUUUACAAAGGUACUCCACCUUUCUAGAUUUUAAAAUUCCUCACUUCUUGUCAUUCUGUCACUUAGUUCUUUUUCCGUAUUGCAAACAUGCCAUGAAAUAAUGUUUUUUUUUUUUUUUUUUUUUUUUUUUUUUUGAAGUGGUCACACCAAGAGAUGCAUAUAAAAUCCUUUUAUAGUACUGUUUAGGGGGUUGUGUAGUAAUAUACAGCGUAGACAAAAUUAUUUCCCGCACUUUCUAAUUCACUGUUAAAUACAUUAUGGGAUUGGAAAGCUAGAGAUAAGAAAGCAUUUAUGGUCUCUGCUGUACAAGAGGUGGUGUAUAUACUGUAACUGUGUAACAUAUUGUAUAUUCAUGAUGCCUGGUGUGUGUGGGGAGGAGUGGCUGUCCCGCUAGCCGUGCUGCUAGCAGUGUAGACUUUUGUCCAUGUGUCCGUCUGUCUCUGCAGCCGCUGUCAGCUAGAAGGACACAUGGACAAAUUAGCGGAUCAAGGGUUGCAGACUGUCUGUGAUUUAAUACAAAGAUUGACUAAAAGAGAAAAUAUUCUAUUUAUUUGGAAUAAGUAAUUAUCUCAACUAAUCAGUUUUAAUGUAACAAAGUGACUGUUGGAGGGUGAUGAAGGAUCAUUCAGAGGACGGGGUGGUGGAACACUGCUUCUGACAGGAACUUUCUGAUGUGAUUUUAUUUUUAUUGUUUUCUUGAAUAAGACUUUUCUUCCCCUCUCCUGAAUAAAACUGAUUAAGCAACUUUAA